UCAUCGCACUUGCUGCAACACGUCUUGUCAACCUCGCACUUUACGCGUGAACCAGGGAGACAGUGAUAGUGAAAGGGGUCGGAGUAGCUGGAUGUAAAGGGUACAGGAUCGAAAUUUUAAAUUGUGCAGAUCCGUGGAUUUAAGGCAAGCCAAUAAAAGUGGACGUUGAAGUGAAAUUGAUGUUGCAAUCGGGAACUCUUCCCUCAACAUGAGGGGCCGUCAAUGAUACGGGUAUUGAACAAACCUGUUGCGAAGUUCAAUGUCCUUGUUCUAAGUCUUGGGUGAGAGCACUCAGCGCAAUUACGCACGGCAUCAUUAUGGUUUUAUUUUUGGAUAGACGUGUCCCUGCUUUGUUCCUACUUUGGGGCUACUGCGUUUUUGCGGACACGGUCUUUUCGAACUUUACCCUGGACAACGAGGUCCACUCCAGUUUCAUCCACCGGCGGCUGAAGAGCCAGGAGCGCCGGGAGAUGCAGCGGGAAAUCCUCUCGAUCCUCGGGCUACCGCACCGGCCACGGCCGCAUCUCCACGGGAAGCACAACGCGGCACCGAUGUUCAUGCUGGACCUGUACAAUGCCAUGUCCACGGAGGGGAAAGAGGAUGGGUACUCCUACCCAUACAAACCCAUCUUCACCACCCAGGGGCCGCCGAUAGCCACUCUUCAGGACAACAACUUCCUAAACGACGCAGACAUGGUUAUGAGCUUUGUCAAUUUAGUGGAACACGAUACAGAGCUCCUACCCGUCCGGCGGCACCACCGAGAGUUCCGUUUCGACCUAUCACGUAUUCCUGAGGGGGAAGCGGUCACCACUGCAGAGUUCCGCAUCUAUAAGGACUUCAUCCACGAACGCUUUGACAAUGAAACCUUCCGCAUCAGUGUCUACCAGGUGCUGGAGGAACACAUUGACAGGGAGUCAGACCUGCUUCUGUUGGACUCGAGGGUCAUCUGGGCGGCUGAGGACGGCUGGCUGGUGUUUGACUUGACAGUGACCAGUAACCAAUGGGUCUUGAACCCUGGACACAACCUGGGCCUGCAGCUGGCUCUGGAGAGCACUGAUGGUGUGAGUGUGAACCCGCGGUUGGCAGGGCUGAUCGGCCGCAGUGGUCCUCAGAAUAAACAGCCCUUCAUGGUGGCCUUCUUCAAAGCCACCGAGGUGCACCUGCGCAGCAUCCGCUCAGCAACAGGGGGCACCAAACAACGCAACCCCAACCGCUCCAAAGGGGCCAACAAGGGCCAGGAGGCACUCCGAGUGGCCAACAUUGCAGAGAACAGCAGUGCUGAUCAGAAGCAGGCGUGUAAGAAGCACGAGCUCUACGUCAGCUUCAGAGAUCUGGGGUGGCAGGACUGGAUCAUAGCUCCAGAGGGCUAUGCAGCAUACUACUGUGAGGGAGAGUGUGCCUUCCCUCUCAACUCCUAUAUGAACGCCACAAACCAUGCCAUCGUGCAGACACUAGUCCACCUAAUAAACCCAGACACCAUUCCUAAGCCCUGCUGUGCCCCAACCCAGCUCCAUGCCAUCUCGGUGCUCUACUUUGACGACAGCUCCAAUGUCAUCCUCAAGAAGUACCGCAAUAUGGUGGUCAGAGCCUGUGGCUGCCAUUAGACUACAGCCAACCUCUCAACACACACACACACACUCACGCACACAUCUAAAUAUCCCUCAACGCAGGUCACUUUCAUCGAGACUCUAGACUUUCUUCCCCAGAUACACCUGAAUGGACACAUGAAUGGACUGCAUUUCCCAGAGUGCCUUGCUGAGCUCCUGGACGGGAGCUACAUGAGGACCGCGCAGACAAUCAUGCACACACACACAUAAUUCCUGUGCUUUCUACUGUGUAUGAGACAUUUUAAACAGUGAUUGUAUAGUAAUACACAGUCAACAAUCUUUUGUUCAUUUAAAUGUUUUUUUUAUUGUAUUUCACUCUGUCUUUCUAGAUAUUUUUGAUCAAUUACAUAUUUGUAUGUUUUUUUAUGACUGAAAGGCUAUAGGAAGUGUGGAUGCAUACUGUGUAAAUAGUUUUUUAAACAAAGAGAAGUGUAUUUAUUUCCUGGUCUUGGGCAUGUUAAGGGUUUUUCUCCUUUGUGUCUCUCUCUCUCAUUCUCUCUCUCUCUCGCUCUUUCUCCCUCUCUCUCUCUCUCUCUCUCUCUCUCUCGCUCUUUCUCUCUCUCUCUUCCUCCUCUGUUUCUCACCAUGCUAGCUCAGAGAUUUGUUUUUCCUGCACAGUUAACAGUGCUGAAUCUAUCAUCAGUAUGGACAUAUCACUACAGCCUUGUCAUGGGGAAUAACAGCCUGUUCCUCUCCUUAUUCCAAACAUUGUCUUAAGGACAUAAAAGUUAUUUUCAGAAUGAAAAUACAUUCAUAUACUGUAGCUCUUUUUAUAAACUAGACUUUGACUUGAAUGUUUUUUUUACAAUAAAAAGCAAUAAUACAGAGAGUGUUUCAGAAAAACAAAAGGAAAAGAAAGAUUGGGGAAUGAAAGAGAGAGAGAGAGAGAGAUUGUGUCUAGGGUGUGUGUGUGUGUGUGUGUGUACAUGUGUACCAUUACCUUGAGCACCACGAGCCUUGUGUUUUAGGAUGGUCUGUCGUUUUAUCCUCUGCUGUAAAGGCUGAUGUCUAUCUCUUCCUUAUUUAAGAGGACUAUUUAUUGAGAGCCGAGGCUGGUACUCUCUGCCAACGCAACAGUCUUUGUUUUACUGCAAAACUGGUUUAAUAAAAUCGGAGAAGCAUCA